UUUUUUUUUUUUUUUUUUGCACUGAUGGUUUAUCAUAUGCAUGGGGGUCUUUUGUGUUGAUCAUAUCUCGGGACUAUCUUCACUUUUCUUAAUUUUUUUUUUAAUAUUCUUACUCAUGAAUAUGGAUGGAAGAGCUAUGAAUGGUAGCAUCUGGAAACGGAUAAUACCUGGUUUGAGUGUUUAUAUAUACAUAUACGCACAUAUUUACGUAGGUAUUUACCUAUAUAUACGUAUAUACCUAGUGCAUGAAAGUAUAAAUUGCAUGGUGUAUUUAGGUAUGUAAAUGGCUGAAAAUUAAGAUGCGCUUUCCAUUAUACUUGUUCGUCAUCAUCAACAUGCUAGCUAUGCAGGUGAAAAGUAUGUUUGUCUAAAGAAAGAAAAAACGCCAAUAACUGCUCUUCCACC